AUGUACAUAACAGGACAUAGCAAUGGUGGUAUAAACUUCUGGGAUGCAUCAUCUCCACUUUUGAUUCCAAUUGUAUCAUUUAAUCAACAAAGUGAAGAUGAUCAGACUUUAAGUGGUGUUUCACUGACUGCAUUGUGUUAUGAUAUGGAAACAUGCCUCCUCAUAUCUGGAGAUCAAACUGGAACAGUUAGAAUUUAUAAAUUUAAACCCGAGCCAUAUGCUAUAGAGAGCAAUUUUUUGUCCUUACAAGCAAGUUCAAAGAAAGGAAGCAAUAUUGUUCAAAGUGUUAAACUUGUGAAGGUGAAUGGAGCAGUGGUUUCAAUAACUACAAGUCGUGACUCUAAACAUAUUGUUGUGGGGUCAGAUCAAGGAUAUGUUUCGGUGAUUGACAUUGGAGGAGCAACUGUGUUAUAUGAAAGGCGUAUAGCGAGUGAGAUCUCGACAGCUGUCAUCUCUCUGCAAUUUGGGAUGUGUAGUUUGCAUGGAUUUGAGAAAAGUGGCAGCAACAAAGGAUUCAUCAGAGGAUCUAAUGCAUCUAAGGGUAUAAUAGGAAAUUCGUUUGAUGAUGGGGUAGUGAAGGAGUCAUUGCUACUAUGUUCUGAGAAAGCUGUUUACGUGUAUUCACUUUCACAUGCUGUUCAGGGAGUGAAGAAGGUUUGUUAUAAAAAGAAGUUUAAUUCGUCAAUUUGUUGUUGGGCUUCAACAUGUUGUUCUGAUGCUGGCCUUGUUCUUGUUUUUACCAAUGGGAAAAUUGAAAUUAGAUCCUUGCCUGAAUUAACCCUUUUGAAGGCAACAUCCAUAAGAGGCCUUGCACUUUCAACUUCAAAACCGAAUUCUUUACCUGAUAGUUCAAUUUGUGCUUCACACAAUGCACCGAAGAUGAGUGUCUUAUUGGAGGUAAUGAAAUACAUAAACCAGUUUAGUUAUCCAAUCAGGCCAUCAAUUACAUUUAGCUCUGAUGAAACCGUUGCUUCUCGUAUGGCUACAAAUGAAAUUCAAUUCUUUGAUUUUUCAAAAGGCAUGGUGCAUAAGAUUAGAAUUCCUGGAAUAGCUGCAGUAGAGCUUUCUAAGCAACCUGGAUCCCAUGAUGUUGUAUUUGUUCCAGAAUCUAAGGAAAAGAAGGACGUGUACAUGAUGUUCAAUGGUCGUAUUCAGGGAAAGAAUUUGCAAUUGUUUAUGGAUAUAAGAAACUCUCAAUACCAUGGUUUGAAUAAUGCAAGUGAAUCCUUUGAACAUGCCAUACAACGUGUUAUUGAUGACAACCUUGAGUUGGGAUGUGCAUCAACUGAGAAGCUACUGUUAUGGGUGUUUUAUGAAUGUCCAAAAGCACUGAAGAUGAGUGAUGCAAGAGUAUUAUUGUCUGCUCUUCACAAUGUCAUUCAGAUUUUAUCCAAUUGCUACAAUCCACCUGAGUCGCUUGUAGACCGGUUUAACUGGAUGUUGCCACCUGAAACCAUGAUGGGCCCCUUCAAACCCCAACCUCAUCCGGGAACCAACAUCUCCAAAGGUUAA